AUGGCUUUCUUGAAUGGCAGUCUCAUAUUUACGAAUGUACCAAGUAAAGUAGCGUUUCAUAAAGUUCAUAAUCACCAUUACGUAUUGCAAAUUCAUUUUGCAUACCCCUCUAAGAUAAGAAUUAUAGUCUUAUUUCCAAACACCUUCUUAGACUUUCAAUCUCAGUCUUGCACCAGUAUAGUCCAUACAGUUUUCGCACCCAUUACUUUUCGCACCCAUUACUUUCGCACCCAUUGGCAUCUUCCUGACCCAUUUCGCCAGAUGUCUUUUGACGGAAUCGUGGCAGAAUUUCCGUUCAUCGGCGUCGACCGCUUUAAUACUGCCGCCCGUACGUUUUUGCUUACUCAUUGCCACCAGGACCAUCUUGUUGGCCUACUAAACUGCUCUUUUUCUGGCACAGUCUACUGUUCGCCAGAAACACGUCUUCUUCUCGAAGAUUUACAGGGAUACGCGUCGGUUCUUCCUCGGAUCAAGACAGUGGCCUACAAUACGCCGAUCGAAGUUGAUCUUCCGCCUGAGAUACAACGCGUCUAUGGGAAAAUCGUCAUUACUCUAAUUCACGCGUACCACUGUCUUGGAUCUUGUAUGUUUCUUAUAGAAGGAGAAUAUGGCGGCUCUGUUCUUUGCACAGGUGACUUGCGAGCGGAAAAGUGGUGGGUUGACAGUCUUGGCCAGCUGCCGUGUCUUGGGCCGUAUUUGGCCGGGCUCAAGACCUUAGACAAUAUCUACUUAGACACCACGUUCGGCUAUCGGGGCGAGCCGUACAUCGAAAUGCCGCCAAAUAAUCUGGGGGUUCACGUUGCCAUCCGCUGGUUGGAAAACUAUCCCUUGGACGAUCCAGAUCUCGUGUUUCAGUUUCGAGACACCGUGCUUGGUUUUGACCAGGCGUGGGCAUUUAUUCUCAGCUAUUUCCGGGCAUCUUUGGAUGUUACAGAAGAUAAGCUUAAAAAGAUUAUGGCCGUAGCUGCUCGUCAUGACGAACUAAACGGUCCUAUGUUAUCUCAGGCUAUGGAGUACUGCAAUCAGCCUCUAGGUUGCAAGACAAGAAACAGGCCCUGUUUCGUUGCUGGAAAGCCUCUACUGUCCAAACAAAUUGCCGUUCGUAUUGUCCAGUGCAUAGAUUUCAAUAUUGUGGACUUGGCUGGCUUGUUUUGUCCUCUCCCACUUUCUGCGCUAUCAGCAGCAGAAAAGAAGGCAAUUUUGAAUCCAAUAAAAAGCACAAGCGCUGGAAACAGUGUUGUUGAACUUCGAGGGCGUCAGUGGCUUCUUCCUAAAGAACAUUUAUCCCUUCUUCCUAUGGAUGUUAAAUUGGUUUUCUCUCGGCACUCGUCCUACUCAGAAUGUGCUGAUUUUGUCUCCCGUUUUAAGCCCAAACAGGUUUACCCAUGCUGGUCAACACAAACGGCGUGGCAUAAUGGGUUUGUAAUGGCCCGCCUCUUUGGGAAAUAUUGCUCAGCUUCAGUGUUCGAUUUUGACAUCAAAAUGACUAGACAAUUGGGCCCUUCUAAGAGAGCAAUGUUGGGUCUUCCGGUUGCCACUAUAGACCGAUGGGACGCUGGGGAAUGUGAAGAAGAAAAGAAAUUUGUAGAAGACGUGCUUGACAAAAGAAAAAAGGAAGGCCAGGCAAUUAUCAACGUCCGCCAGGUUGCACAUUUUCCGGUUUUCUUCAAGGAACGAGGCCAGAAGUCCCAAGACAGUCACAACAAAGCCAGGAAAUUACGAUUGAAUCUUGAGAGUCUAGCAAGUGGUAAAACAACUUCUGCCAGACGCUUCAUAGAAGAACAACAACAAUUAUACUACAAGAGACACUGUCUUCCUCAAUACGAGCGUGAUUUCGAGGACCCAAGGUACCACAACAUGUUUGGUUCUGGAUUGAGAGGAACUAGUGAAGCUGAUUCUCGAAGUAGUGACAGCUCCCUCGAUUUGGUGAUGAUGGGAACACGUAGCUCUUCUCAUGUUGCUGUAAGUGUCGACUCAUAUCUGCCACAAUCAAAGGCAUCGAGGGAACUGAACAGUGGUCAAUCCAUUGUCCUCAAUUCUGAAGAGCUCGAGAAACCCACAUGUUCAUCCAAUAAACUUGAUAUUAUGCGACAAUCUAGAGCAAACAGCUUUGUUGAUGAUAUGGACGAAGAAAUAAUUCCGAACCUGUUUCCCUCGCUCGAGUCACGGCUAAAUUUACUGAUACCAAGUCCCAUUGUAGCGUUGACAGACAUUACACGCUGCUGUGCAAAUGAUUAUUAUCAACGCUUUUCCUCAAUGCAUUAUAGGCACUCGUUCGAGGCCUUAGACGGAGAUUCUUGCAAAACUUUGGAACAAACAUCGUUCUUCUCCUCCUUCAAGUAUGUUGAAGACUCCAUAUAUCUCAGUAAGAGAAGAUUCUGA